ACUUGUAGAAAUGAUUCCUUCAUCAUUAAAUUUAUUUUUUGUUAUAAAUUUAUUUGCUCAUUGCUCAUCUGUAAAAGGAAAAGUCUGAUGUCUCUCUUUUUCGUGUUCAAAAUUGGAGUUCUCUCACACUCACAUAUAGCUUUUUUGCCUUUCUAUGUAAUUAUGCUCUCCCAUCAUCAACACCUUUCCUGAAAACAAUCAUCUUUAUCAUAAUUCUUCCAUGUCUGUUUGUUUCCUCGGACAAAAUAAAAAUCUGAUCAAGCCCUUUGUUUAUAUUGAUUUCCCCAUGCUGCAAUGUUCGCUGAUUGAAUCAACAAGUAGCAAUUACUGUGGAAUAGGAUGGGUUCAUUCAAGGGUCAUGCUCUACCAGGAUCAUUAUUUUUGUUGGUUGGAAUGUGGCACAUAUGGUGCUCUUUGGUUAGAUAUGUUUCAAACCCAAAGGCUUUUCGGGUUCGGGUAUGGAACCCUGUUCCUGGUUUUGAUGGGAAGCUCAAAUACUUGGAGCUUUAUCUUGUGGCAGUUGGUGCCUUCAUUGAUUUGUGUAUUGAGCUCUUGUAUUCUACCCACCUUAAGUUUUUUGUCGAUGGAGUCUUGAAUCCUUCUCACAUGAAUGAUUUUGAGCACUCCGGGAUGCUUCUCAUGUUCUUUAUAUUUGGCGUUGUCUCUUUGCUCUCUGAGAAAACGAGGUUUCUACCCUUGCCAGAAGGAGCCCUUUGUUUGGUUGCUGCCACUGCAUUUUGUGCAGAGUAUUUACUGUUUUACUUUCACUCAACAACCCAUAAGGGCCUGGAAGGUUACUAUCAUCUCCUCCUUGUCCUUCUAAUAGCACUAUGCAUUUUGUCCACUGUGGCUGGAACUCUCCUCCCUACCAGUUUUCCUAUUGACUUGUCCAGUGGCAUUGCCAUAACUCUCCAAGGCCUCUGGUUCUAUCAGACUGCCUUCAGCUUGUAUGGCCCCAUGGUGCCAGAUGGCUGUCAGCUUAAGAAUGACCAGGUUACAUGUCGAUCAAUGGCUAGUCAGGUUCGAGGCGAAUUGCUUGCUAACUUUCAGCUCUUUGCCUUGGUUCUUGGUGUCCUUGUUGGAGUUGUGGUAUCUUAUGGUUUUGCAGCAUCCAAGUAUGGGCGUUCUGAUCUUCAAAGCUUGCAUGUGGUUCCAGAUGGGUUGGAUAAAGAUUAACCUAGGGUGCAAUGCCUGUGCAAUGUGGGAAUGAUCAUGGCAGGGGAAACUCCAAAAGCUCAUGGAUGGCUUUAAAGAUGCCAUUAUACUAAAAUAUAACGGGAGAGGAGGCAUUUUUAGUCCAAACUCUGUAAAUGGAUGACUAGGCACAAUGGAUGUAUCUCAUCAAAACCAGUAGGAGAGGAAGAAGAGAAUGACGGAUGAAUCCAUUCACAAUUUUUUUUUUGACUGCAGAGGCUUUUGUCUUGUCAACUUAUGUACAUUUUCCUUGUUAACUCUUCUUGAUGUGCGAAGGAUGCUCAGUGUAAAACAAUAAUGUGGGUGUUUUGUUAGUCCACGGGGUGUAUUUUGACAAGUAAAUGUUUGAUUUGGCUAUAUAUAAGAUGAUCAUUUUGUUAAA